AUGGCAACCCUCCCUCCUUCGUCAAGCAUCGCCGGCUCCUCCGCCGUGGGCCGCUCGAGGCCUGAUCCCCCUUCCCUCUUCCUCCGCUCGACCGCGCCGCUCCGUCUCUCCGUUGCCAGGCCGGCUGUCUCCGCCCGCCUCUACUCCUCCAGGCCGUCCUCCGGCGCCAAUGGCUCCGUCGGCGAACCCUACCCGGGGGGAGGGGAGGAGCUCCAAUACGGCCUCCCCACGCCGCCGCGACUGGCCGGAGGCAUCCCUGUCUUCGUCACCCUCCCCGUGGACGCCGUCGGUUUGGCCGGGCAGAUGUCCCGGAGGAAGACGAUGGCCGCCUCCUUCAUGGCCCUCGCCGCCGCCGGGGUUGAGGGAGUCGUGGUGGAAGCGUGGUGGGGGAUCGUGGAGAGAGACGCGCCAGGAGCGUACAACUGGGCCGGGUACAUCGAUUUGGUGAACCUGGCGCAGCGGUUCGGGCUCAAGGUCCGCAUGAUCAUGGCCUUCCACCAGUGCGGUUCCGGCCCCGGCGAUCCCUGUUGGUUUGUUGCUGCUUACCCUUACUCUUGAUAAUGUGUGCGUUUCUACGUCGAAUCAAUUUCUAGAUCCCCGCCCGUUGUUUAUCAGAUCCUGAUAAUAUUCCCGGACUCAUCCGCUUACUCCUGUCUCCCAAUCUUCCUAAUCGUUCUUCAAUAUUUCCCGCUAUUUAAUUGGCGAGAAGCCGAUGGAUCGGAUGGUAACGUCGGUUAUUCUCGCUUUCAAUCUUCUUGGGGGCUGACAUUCUUCAUAGUAUUUAGUCAAAGAGAAGUGGAAUCCCAUAUGGUUGACAGGUUGUCUACAGGAUGGAAAGCGUGUAUGACCCUUUUUUAACUGCAGAGCCUUGGCAAGGUACUAACUUGAUUCGACUAACUUGACGUUUGGUAAACAUCUGUUCUUUCCUCAACCCAAUAGACCGACUGUGAUGUCUGGUUUGAAAGACCGAAAUCUAUGACUGGUUGCAGCAUUUUUGGACUAUACCCAUUAGAAAAUUCUGUUUUGUGGCGAAAUGUGGCAUCCUAACCUUUUCCAGCAUACUCUCCAAUCAGCAUCCUCAAAUGUUCAUACAAAGGAAUCCCCCUUGUGUCCUUCAUCUCUCUGUUAUUUUGCCCUUCUAUCUUCUUUAAAAAGAAGUUUUCCAAAACAUUUCUUGGAGCUGAAUAGAUUCACCGUCUCCAACGUUCCUUUUUGACUGGAUUUACCUUUUUCAUUGCAUUUUAUACGAUUUUUCCCUUUUGGUCUUCUUUAAAAGAAGCUUGCUGAAACAUAUGUCAAUUUAUCGAUUUGAUGGUUUGCAAGGUCCCUUUUGAAUUAGAUUCCCAUCCAUCAUUUUUCUUGUUCGUCCACACCUGCCAGAUAUACGGUGUCCCCCUCAAGCCCGGCACCAAGUGCGGAAGUACGACCCCUCUCUCUCUCCCUCUCUCUCUCUCUCUCUCUUACCCCACCUCAGCCACUCAUCCUCUCUGUAACUCCCCGGGCCCGCUGUCCCCUUUACUCCCUUCUACCAGGUUUAGUCGUAGAGUGCCUAAAGAUUAAUUGUUGGGAUCUCUCAAUGACGUCAAAGUUUUAAUUUUCUCAACUUCUACUGGGUGGAAAUUGAUAUGAAGUUUGUAACGUGAAACAUGCUCUUCCAAGUGGGAGAUGAGAAUUUAAAGGAAUAACCUCGGCUCGUUGCCAUGCCUGAAUUAUUUCUCUCUUUAUUGUUUCAGUUCACAGAGAAUUAUCCACCUCUUUCCUGAAUUAUUUAGCAAUAAGUGAUUGAAGGUUUCGAUCACAACCAUAACUAACUCAUCCUCCUAGAUCCAGUGUCACAUUUUACUUCUUUUGUGUUCAUUAUUUGUUCUGGUAGCUUUUUUUACAAACUGAAUAAGGAAAUUCUCAUUUAUACGACCGGAUUUGACUGACAUGAUAUUUGAGAGAACUUCUAUGUUAUGCUGGAAAGUUUUAAUCUUGAAAUCAUAGAAAACAUUUUAACCUUAUUGAUGUGAGAGAUUAAUCAUGUACCCUCUGCUUCGUAACUCAAAACUCAAUAUCUUGAAUUUUUAUGUUAGUGAGUCCAUUCAAAAUAUAAGCCCUAUGGACCUACCUUACCUCAGUUUGCUAGUGAGCCCAUUCGGCUCAUAUUUGGACUUUCUUCUGUAUGUAUAUUAAUUGGUGAAGGUGCCAAAUUAUGACCUUUUGAUUUCUGUUGAUGUGGCAUUUGCUUCUGUAAUUUCUUCAAGUGACGGUCAGACUUAUUCCAUCUUUUCAUGGUCUUGUCCAUUGACCGUUUAUGAGGUGUAAUUUUUUCUUUAAAUUUUAUUUAUCUGUUUUUUUUAAAAACUUAAGAUACAAGAGUUUGCUGAUCUUAGAUUGGUCAUCUUCCUCUUUGGUGAUUGAUCUGGUCGAUGUGCCUCCAUCCUGAUCAGCUUGCGUCACCCCUUGAUCUGCUAGCCCAAGUUGAUCUUCGGUUUCCUUACCCAUUGUGAAAAGCAACUCCUGCUGUGGCAAAAGAAGAUUAUGUGCUAUCAGAAGAUGGUCGAGACUCUGGCAUGUGAUAGUAACACAGCAGUCCUCACACAUCUAGACACGGCUGGGUAUUUGCCAAUUGUGGGUUUGAUUUCUGGAUAGUUUAGACAUGCAUGAUAAGGAGUACAAAAGCAAUGGUUUGACCCCAUUUCCUGAAGCGAAAUCACAUGUUUCUAAAUAAGAUUGGUUAUAGUAAAAUGAUUUCUGUAAAAAACAGCAUUUUGUUGAUUUUUACGUAGGUUGUAACCUCAAUUGCUGCUAUCCUAUUGAUUUGUUGUGGUCUUUGCGGUGGUUGGAUCAUUGUGGAAUGCGCCCAAUUGUGGUGCAUUUCUGUCUUGGUCUGUUGCUGUCAGUGUCUUGAGUGAUCUAUCAAUUUUCCCAACCGUGGGAAUCAUUUUGCUCAAAGAAUGGCAUACGUUGCCACGUAUUUAUGUUCCCUAUCUGUGGACCUUAUUUUUAUCAAAAAAAAAAUCCUGAUGAAUAUGUGAUACUAAUCAGUCUAAAAAUCUAAAUCUAAUGUUAAUUCAGAAAAUGUUGGUGAUUAGCAUCCUGUCAAAUUUAUUGUUUUGUAUUUAAUUUCCAGCUGCUUUCAGUUUGUAGAAAUUGUGCUCCAGAAAGCGAUAGUGUAGUGAAAAGUUCUUAUAAGACCCCUUGAAUGGCUUUUCUGUAAAUUUUCCUCAAUACAUAUCCGUACGUGCAGUUAUCUAGCAUCCAUCCUCAAUCAUUAUAGGAUUUUUUGUUCCACUUUUCCACUUUGCUGGCGGUUUUUUUUCCCCCAAGAAGUUGCAACCAUCUAUCAUCCACUUAUAGUCAUUACAGAGCUGGUGAUCGAUUUUGGUGAUGUUCUUUUCUUCUUUUUUUUCAUCCUAAUCUAAUCCCUCAGGUUUCCUCUUCCACAAUGGGUUCUCAAGGAGAUAGAGGUGAAUCCUGACUUGCAGCACUCAGAUAGGUUUGGACGAAGAAGUAAGGAGUAUAUAUCGUUGGGAUGUGACGUCCUCCCUGUUCUUAAAGGAAGAACCCCGAUUCAAGCUUACUCAGAUUUCAUGAGGAGUUUCAGAGAUACUUUCAAGGGCUUUCUUGGAAUCAUAAUAACAGUAAGUUGGCACCUUUUCCAUGUACUCUUUCUUCUUGAAAUAUUUGGUAGAUGAAUCUUCUUCAUGGAUAUAACAUUCUGGCGACUGUUCUUCCUCAGGAAGUGCAGAUUGGGAUGGGCCCGGGGGGGGACCUCCGGUACCCCUCUUGCCCAUCCGAGAAGCUGAUGCAACCAAGAAGCGGACCCGAACUCGGGGAGUUCCAGUGCUACGACAAGGUUCGGGCUCUCCGUGCUCAAGAGAGCAUCUGGUCUCUACUCCUUGUUCAUCUUCUGACUCUCCUUGUUCACAGUAUAUGCUCGCCUCUCUAAAUGCUUGCGCACAAGGCGUGGGGAAGAGUGCAUGGGGCAAUGGUGGCCCCCUCGGCGCCGGCAACCUGUUCCAAAACCCGGAGGAGACCAGCUUCUUCAAGAGCGACGGCUCCUGGAACACAGCCUACGGCGAGUUCUUCCUCGAGUGGUACUCGGGGAUGCUCCUGAAGCACGGGGAGAGGCUCUGCAUCGCUGCUGACGCCAUCUUCUGGGGCUUCGGGAUGAAGGUGCUGGCGAAGAUCGCAGGGAUCCACUGGCACUACAGCACCAAUUCCCAUCCAUCCGAGCUGACCGCCGGCUACUACAACACCCUCAUCAGAGACGGCUACCUCCCCAUAGCCCACAUGUUCAGCCGGUAUAGGAUGAUCCUCUGCUGCGCCUGCUUCGACAUGCGGGACGCUGAAGUGGAGCAGGUCAACCCAGAUGGCAGUCCAGAGGGCGUCCUGAGGCAGCUGGUGCGUGCCGCCAGAAUGUGCAACCUGUCGUUGACCGGGGAGAACUCGGUGACCCGGCUCGACGACAUGUCUCUGCAGCAGGUGGUGAGGAGCUCCAGGUUCUGCAGGGAAAACCUGUACGGCGGCCACCCGCUGUCCUUCAAUUUUGUGAGGAUGAACAAGAACAUGUUCGACAGCCACAACUGGACCCGCUUCACCCGGUUCGUGAGGCAGAUGUCUGAUGCUCGGACAUUCCAGGCGAGGCUCGACUUUGGGGCCAGCGAGCAGCUCUGCCUUGCCUCCGCCUCACCCUCCGAGGAUUCCGGAAGGGCUCUCAUUUUUAAGAGGCUUCUUCCUUGUCAGCUCCGCCUGUGCUCCCCCUGUGCCUAG